UUUUAAGUUUAAUCAGUAUUGUCACUUUCGUCCUAUGUAGCGUUCAACUCCCCGUCAAGAAAGUCGGCAGUUGUGCUCUAGAAGCUUGACGGAAACUUCGGUGUAAAAUGGCCCGGGAUGAAAUCCGUCAAUGCCACUUGGCAAUCAAACAGCCCCAGUUUCUCUUGGCAACACGAUGAUCCUAAACAGAUUCCCCCGUAUCGACAAUUAAACAUAGAAACUCCCCUGUUAUGAAACUCUAUAUUGAAACCGCUAUGGACCGAAACAUCAAAAGUCCACCAAUGACGGAACUUGGUCUCGCACGUCCCAGUUAAGCUUGAACAAAGCAUAAAAACAAGAUGAUCGCCACAAUCACCCUCGCGUUACUUCGUUUUUGUCUUUUUUGAAAUAUCACUUUCGUCUCUUCACUCGUUGCAAUGGGUCUCUUCAAGUCUGUGACUAUAACCCUCCUCGCCGCUGGUGCUCACGCGCUCCCCCAGGCCGUGACCCAAACAGCUGAUGCUCCGGCGACAGCAGAGACAUACAUCGCGAAUCCCAACGUCGGCCCCGGCGGCUCUAACUUCAAAGACUCAGCACACUUCCGCAUCUACAAUGGCUCCGCCGAUGCAACCGCCCAAUCGAUCGAGAUGCUCGAAGCAGCAUUCGAAUGCUUCGUCGGAACGCUAAAGUGGCGAUCGCCUGGUCUUUCAUUCAACGAUGAGACUGAUAGUGGACCGAAGUACAAGACUAAUGUCUACACUGUCGGUGACUUGGGCGGUGCGGCGGGUGUGAUGCAUAGUGAUCAGGCAACGGGCAUGGCGUACCUUGAGGUCGUGAAUCAGUACCUCGCUGUACCGGGUGUUACUGUUCAUGAGUAUGGUCAUGCAAUGCAUUAUCAUCAGAAAGCUUGGGUGAAUCAGAGCCGAACUGGUGCUUGGUGGGAGACUCUGGCGAACUGGGUCGCCGAUACAUACAAGACCUCUGAUAUUUGUGCACCCGCGCGAAAGAACCAUAAUCAGGAGACUUCUCCCACUGAUAUCGAGCUUAAGAAGGUUCUUGGCGAUUCUCACCAGGUCAUUGUCGAUGGAUCAGUCGAUACUGGUAAUUACUACCAAGCUUGGCCUUUUCUGGCUUACUUGACCUAUAACCCUGAUGACUUUGCUGGUCUGGGACAAGAUACCAUUCGACAGCUACAAUUGCAGUAUAAGAAGGAUAGUAACGAGACUCCUCUUCACACUCUUGCUCGCGUUUCGCAGAACGCUACAGUUGGUGAUAUCGUCGGUCGCUACUGGGCUCGUAUGGCCUACGUUGAUAUCGGACAUCCAACCGCCCAACAAGUUUUCUUCCAGCAACGCGCUGAUAUCCCCUUCGCAAGCAUGGAAGCUGCGGGUACUGGAUCUUAUAAACCCAAGGCUGAUCGUCAACCUCGCUACAUGGGCGCCAACAUCAUGCCUCUCGAUGUCACUGGUACUUCUCUUGAGGUCAAGGUUUCUGCUGACGCCGAGUUUGUCGCGACUGUUGCUAUCUACCGGGAGGGAGGCGAGUCUUCUUAUGUAACACUUACGGAUGGUGCGGGUACUGUUCCUGUUCAGGCUGGCGACGAUGUCAGUGUUGUUGUUGCUAACGCUCCUGCUAAGCCUAUCCUGUACGAUGGCUUUGAUCUGAGUGCUGAGGUUUCAAAGGGUCUUGAUUAUACUAUUAGCAUUACUGGUGCUACUGUCAAGGGCCUAAGCUCUUGAAGAGUCUUUUUUUCGUGUAUAUAGCGUUUACACUGUAGAUCAGUAAAUAUUGAAUGGCAAUAUGAGGCCUAGAUCUCCAUCGCUC